AUGAGUUCUCAGCGAGUCACUUUCGAUCCGGCCCAGUUGCCGGACCCAGGGAACCUGGGUCAGCGCCGUGGAUAUAUUGAGCAGUAUAUCCAGCGCUUCCACCGCGACCUGGCUCCCAAUAUCGCUGCCAGGCGCGAGGCCGCUAUCCCCGCGGUCUGUAAACAAUACCACGAGAAACUUCGUGAGAUACAGGCGCCUGCCGUGUACUUUGAGUACGCGGUUGACAAGACGAUGUGGAAGAACAUCUUCAAACCACAGAAGCCCCCCGCGUGGCCUUGGAGCAAUGGGCCAAGUGACAAGGACAUGUCCCUCGGCUGGUCAAGGACCUACCGGGAAUGGCGACUCCAGAAUGGUUUGCCCGUCCCGCCUCAGCAAGAGGCAGGCCCCUCCAGUGGCAAAGGCAAAGCUGCUGAGAAGACCCCCGUGGUCACCAAACCUGCUGCCCCCAAGCAGCCUCAAACAGGGGCGGGCAGCUCCGGUGGUAAAGGCAAAGCCACUGAGAAGACCACCAAGGUCACCAACCCCCCUGCCUCCAACCCCCAGACUCGCAAUGGUGAGUCAUCCAAGUCCAAGCCCAAGCCCAAGCCCAAGUCCGAUGCCGAAUACACGGUAAGGAUCACCAAGGAGGGCACACCUCUGCGUUUGGACAAGGCGAAGAAGGCGUGGGUGAGGGUACCCGCUCGCCUUGCGGGUCUGAAGAUGACCCCAAUGGCAGCCAUAAAGGAUCUUCCCGAGGGACCGCAGUCCUUGUUUAACAGCCUCGGCAAGGAACUGCGAGAGUCACUGGUUGAGUCAGUCCAGUCCCCUGCUGGCACCGCUCCCGAGGCUCCCACUGUUGUAACAGCGCCCAAGGCCCCCAGCGCUGCCAGUGCUCCCAGCACCAAGGGGAACAUCGACCCCGUGGAGAUCGACUUCUCGCUACGGGAGGCUGCCUGGGACUAUAUGUACGGCAAGGGAUAUUACCUUGGAGGUGCCGUUUUCGCUCCCUUUGCGCUCAGGAUACCCCGGUGCCUUGACUUUAAAGACCUCGUUCUUGGAGAGGAUGGUCGCGAUAUUGAGGCCAUCAACAACGACAUCCUCGAAGCAGGUCUGGCUGUCUCUUGGAAGACCCAUGACAACCAGGCCAUCGCUCUUGUCGUUGGCUUCAAGGAUGAAGCUUCCCGGGCACUACCCGGAGCCAUGUCGGGCUUGGCCGACCUCUGGUGUGAUGUCGUCGCGUGGUACAUCAACGCGGUUGCGGGUGGUACCAUGACCUUGGCCACAACCUUGCGAGUGGUCCAAGUUGUCAGUUGGUCCCGCGAGAGAGCAGCGAACUUUGAGCACGCUCAGGCUGCUUAUUACUUUGCCCGGGACAACUGCACGCUCAUCUCGGAGCAGGUCCGCAUGGCUCGCGAGGACAUUCGCAAGUGGUCUCCUAUGUUAAAGGCCAUCAUAGAGAAGCCUCUGGGAGAGGCAGAGCCAGAGCUUAAGGCCUGGGUCUGCAACAAUGAUGUAGACAUUUAUGAACGCUCCAAACGCCUGAGAGUGGCUCACCAGGUCUGGCUCUCUAGCUCCAUGGACGCCAAGGUAAUCCGCAGGGCUACUCACUGCCUAGAUGACUGCUCCCUUUCUCUGUAUUCCGCUUGA